AUGACGAGCAACUCGACAUCUGUUCAUAACGAUCAAAUCAAAUCACUCGAUUCCGCCUUUCAACAGGAUGAUGAAGAAAAACAUCGUAGUCCCGGACCUGUGUACGAUAUACGACCAGCAAUAAAAGCGGUCUAUCCAUCGUCACCUAGUUAUUCAUUGAGCUCACGUACGGGAAAUCAUCUCGGGAGUUACGACAGAGUACCAGGUCCAGGCGCAUAUUAUAUAACAAAAUUAGAAUACUACAAACCGCGAGCGCCUGGCUAUAGUUUCGGCUGUCGACACUCACCGAAAAAAAGUCUAUGCCUUAUGAAAUGCGAACCUUAG